UUGUCCCGCAGAUUGGCUUGCAAGGUCAGUAUCCAGGAUGGAUCUUUGACUCUACCCCACAUUGUAGUGUUUGUGCAUCAGACACAUCUGCAACUCUUGCUUACUGCUAGAAGACUGGUUUCUAACUUGCGACUUCCAGGCCAAUUAAGACUUCGCUCGUCUUCUGUUCUACUUGUCGGUGCUGGUGGCCUAGGUUGUCCCGCAGCGCUGUAUCUUGCCGGUGCUGGAGUGGGCACACUUGGGCUGGUGGAUGGAGACACGGUCGAGCACUCCAAUCUUCAUCGUCAGGUACUCCAUCGAAGCAAAAACGUGGGGAAAUUCAAAGUCGACAGUGCGAUUGAAUAUCUACGGGAGUACGUCACUCGCCUAUUGCUUAAUUUUUCUGUCUUGCUGGGCUGA